AUGGACAAACGGCUCCUGCUGAGCCUGGCCGCUCUGCUCUGCCUCAUGGGGGCGGCAGCGGCUCUGAAGUGUACGACCUGCAGCAUCGUGGCCUCAAAUGGCCACUGCCAAAUGGGCCAAGGCACCUGCGUGGCUGGGCCAGGAGAAUCCUGCUUGAAAUACAGAGUUUACCUAGGGGACACGCUCCAGUUUGGGGGGAUGAGUUGUGAAAAGAACUGCAAAGCCAAGAAGUACAUGAAGCUUGGAAAGAAAUACAUCUACACCUGCUGCAGCAACAAAGACCACUGCAACAAGUAAGGGCCGAGCCCCCGUGCCCCGCUGGCCUGCCCAGCCAGCUCCCGGCUGGGGACUCACACCUCAUAAUCAGACCCCCAGGCCCCU